CCACAUUCAACUCUAUGCCCCCCAUCCCAUGGCCAAACCAAGCAAACUGACCGGAACGGAACGAGGCUGAUAGGGACAGAGCCUCAACCAUCGCCAUCAACGACCGCCCAUCAACUAUCACCAGUUACGGUCGUGAUAUAUCAAGCGGGCUACAGUUAGCUUAUAUUCGGCUUCUCCAGUGCUGCAAACCUGCUUUGCACGUGUCGUCAUUGCGCUUAGUUGGGCUGGUGAGGAGCUACUGAUGUGAGACUAGGUGGUUAACAACCGUGCUCAGUCUCUCCCCCCCUUCGCCGCCUCUCUGGCUUUGACUGUCUAUGUCUCCCUGUUUGUGGAUGUCCAUGCAUUUGAUGGACGCGGUCUACGAAAUAGCGAUAACAGUAAUGGUCUAGCCCUGGACUGCGAUUUUCAAUAUCCCUUCCUCUCCUUCCCCAUUCUUACCCGUCAUCGCUUAUCCUGGCCCCCGCCACGUCGUCCUUCUGAGACCAAUGAAGCUAUUCACUUGUUCCGCCUCAGCCAGUUCUGCGACAACGAGAUUUAAGAUACGAUACAUAACCCCAACUUAAUUCCUCCUUUGUCUCUAUUAAAUAUAUACUCGACCUGGGAUUUUCUGAUUUUAGAAUCGCGACCCUUCCGCCCUGACGAUCUGCUUUUCCCAAAAUUGACAAGCUAAUAAACCCAUCGAAUGGUCCAAGUGCGCCCGCAUCGCUGGAGAGCUUGAGGAGAGCGAAUGCUUUCAACCUCCGGUCACUAGAACAGUUUUUCCCUGCUCUCGCCUGGCCUGCACCAGCCAUACCUUCCGCCCACCAUGGCUAGACGCCAGCGGACGAGAGAUCGGGAACUAAGGCAAGGUUCGGAAAGUUCGAGUACUGGUAGUUGGCGAUCCCAUGAUACCGCGAGACAGGGGAGUCAGAGUCAUGAUCAAGGUCAGGGCCCUGCGGACGUUCGCCCAACUCCUGUGCGAUCGUCGGGCCAGGAGCCUAGAUUACGACCAAUUUCCAAAUACCGAUCAUCCUCAAGGAGUAACAGGAGCGUCAGGAGUAGCUCUCGCCGGUCAUAUUCCCCCGACAUAUCCCCAACCGACAUGAGGUCGGGUUUUUCAAGCCAUAGAAAAACCCUUGCGCUCCUUGGGGCGGCGGGCUAUCCCCCGCCGUAUUUCCCAGAUCCUCCUCGCCCUCCUCUGCGUAGGCGCUCGCCGUCAUGGACGCCACCUCCAUCAUUGGAUCGAAACGCGUUGAAACCGAGCGGGGCGCCAGGAACGUUCCUGAAUGACGGUUCCGACCAAGAAGUUUCCCCCGCCUUCCCCCCUGCUGCCACCGCCCGCACCGGCGGGUCUGAUUCUCCUGACGACCCCAUGGAUCAGGACCAUCGCAGACCGUCUGCUGCUAGUGCCACGACCGUCAGCAGCCAAGGAUCCAAAGACAGUACUGGUCGGUUCCACAAACGCCUGCAGCGUUUCUUUGGAGAGGAUCAGGGCAAUAUGUCGGAUUCGGCCCUCUCCCAUCCCCCCAAGGUCCGUGAAAGAAAUAACUCUACCCAUUCCCUCAAUCCUAUAACGCGUUCAUUCUCUCCCCAUGGUGGUGAUGGCCCUCGACCACGCACCGCUGUCCCUUCCAGUGAUGUUGCCCCUUGGAUGUAUCAACGGAUUAAUGACAUAUCAAACUACGGGGAUCUACCGAUACACGGGGACCCCACGGAUCCGGACCUUGCGCGUUUUACCGGCACGACAGAGGAGCAAAACCCAGAUAAAGAUAGUCGCCGUAAAAAAACCGCCAGACAUCGGCAUUCUCGGAGCGGAGAAGAGAAGUCAGUAUAUCUGGGGACCGAAUUUCCGCAUAUUUUCGGGUCUUCUGAUCAAGAGAACCCCAAACCAGCGUUCAGUUAUUUAAAAAACGGCGCUCUAUCCCCGACUAGCUCCUCGGGCACAUUCGGUGCACGCUCGACUAGCCCCUCGCCAAGUGUACGCAGCGGACAUGGGCAAAGAUCACCUGGGGGAUCAUCUAACAAACGAUCGUUCUUCACAAAGAUACGACGCCAUCCAAAAGUUCCUAUUGCGAGCUCCCUUCGACAUAUACCGGCUUCUUCAAAGGCUGUUCACGAGGGGAGCUCCAAGGGAGCUAAGUUUUUAAGACGGGAUGAUUCCCCAGCCAGACGGGUCCGGAAUGCUAGCUUCGAUAGUGUCACAAACCCCAAACCAUGGGAAAUGUCUGAUUCUGACCGCAAGAAAGACAACCUUGGAAAAGGGGCGUCCAAGUUUCGUCACCCGCGGUUCCCCUUUGGUCAUGAUGGUGGACACAAGUAUCAUGACAAAAAUCGACGUAAUACCUUUGAAGAAGAUCGGAUCUGGAAGUUAGACACUGACCUGUCAAACCUCUCUGGUAUUGUCGCGCAACCCCACCCUAUAUCACCUACUGAUAGCGGUGGUAUAUACACUGGCCCGUCACAACCUGAAGAGAGGAAGAACAAGAAGGAAUUUCAGAAUCCCUUCGACGCUCACGUUGCCGGCGACUGGCACGCUCCAGAGAGUUGGGCGGUGAGAAAGGCACAGGAUGAUAUCCUGUCCCGACUUCCUGAGUUACCCGAUGAUGGUAUCGCAGUGGAUGAAGAAGGGCGACCGUAUUGUGUCCGUAUAUUCCGCAUCGACUCGACUUUCACGACUCUUUCGGCUACCCUCAACACUACCGUGGCGGAAAUAUUAGAAAUGCUGGGCCGAAAGUCAUUCUUGCAAGAUGAACUAAACAACUACGACAUCGUUUUCCGGAAGAACGAUUUUUCAAGAACACUUGACUAUGGCGAGAGGCCCAUUCUCAUGCAGAAAAGAUUGCUCGAGCAGGCAGGCUAUCAACCGUCCGACCGAAUAGCAGAUGUUGGUCGGGAAGAUAAUAGCUAUCUUUGUCGCUUCACCUUCUUGCCAACUAAACUUUCAGGUUAUUCCAGUCUUGACACAGAUCUGGGCAUCAACGAGAGUCAAAAGUUUAGCCACGUUGACCUGUCUGGCCGUAGUCUCAUAACCCUCCCUAUCCCUCUCCACAAACGAGCGAGUGAGAUCAUAUCCUUGAAUCUCUCAAGGAAUCUAGCACUGGACAUUCCGAGAGAUUUCAUCCAAGCCUGCAUCAACCUCCGUGAAGUGAAAUAUAUUGGAAAUGAGGCGUGGCGCCUCCCAGCAAGUCUAAACCUAGCGACUCGGCUUACCUACCUAGACGUAUCCAACAAUCGACUUGAGGACCUAGAUCACGCGGAACUCCACAAACUCCACGGACUCAUAAGCUUGAAAAUGACGAAUAAUAAGCUGUCCACGCUCCCUGCAAAUUUCGGAGACUUCCCUUUGUUACGAAGCCUGAAUAUCUCGUCCAACAGUUUCAGUUGUUUCCCGGAGUUUUUGUGCAAUUUGAAGAGUCUGGUUGACCUGGAUAUCAGUUUUAAUAAAAUUACGGAAUUGCCGAAUAUCGGAAAACUAACAACGCUCGAACGGUUGUGGGUGACUAACAAUGGACUACAUGGUCCGUUGGACGAGACCUUUAGAGAUCUUGUGAAUCUCAAAGAGAUAGACGCUCGAUUCAACAGCAUUACCAGUAUAGAUAGCAUCACUCAGCUUCCUCACCUGGAGCACUUGAUGAUUGGACAUAAUGCCGUGUCUACAUUUUCAGGGAUGUUCCCAAAGCUUCGCACUUUUACCCUUGACCAUUGUCCCGUCACGGAGUUUGAUAUAACCAGCCCGGUUCCGACUCUCACCACACUCAAUAUUGCGUCGGCCAAGCUUGUUCAAUUCAAGGACUCUCUCUUCGCCAAUAUCCCGAACCUGACUAAACUCAUUCUUAACAAGAAUCAUUUCGUUACCCUCUCUCCUUAUAUCGGAACUCUACGAAAACUCGAGCAUUUUAGCAUUGCGAAAAAUCCGUUAUCAACCCUACCGCCGUCCAUUGGUUGUUUACAGGAAUUAAAGAACCUUAACCUCCGCGAAUGUAAUCUCAGCGUACUGCCUGAGGAAUUGUGGUACUGCUGCAAACUAGAAACCCUAAAUGUUUCUUCCAACCUACUUGAUUCCUUUCCGAAAAUUGGUGACUCCCCUCCCAUUCCCCCCAACGAAUUACCUGUAAAUGGUGGAACUCCUGUAACCACUCCUGGCUUGUCAUCGCCGGAUUUCGAAGAACUUGGAAAGCUGGAGGAUUUCGAAACUCGACGACCAAGUUAUGCGUCUGGUGGCCUUCUGAGCGUGGGGAGCUCACCGGCUGGCUCCCACACAAACAGAAAGGGCUCUGUUGUUUCAUUAAACAACCCUGCAUCUGCUGCAAGGAGGUCUUCUAUCGCGUCUCGCACUCCGACGGAUCAAGCGUCUUCGCGAAAGGAUUCUAGUUUCUCGCAAAGAAUCUCACUUACAUUUGCGGGAUCCCUGCGACAGCUAUAUCUUGCUGAUAAUCAGCUUGAAGAUGAUAUAUUCCAGCAGCUCGUGUUCCUCGGGGAGCUUCGCAUUUUGAACUUGUCGUACAACGAGUUGACGGAGCUUCCGCAGGGCCUUCUCAGGCGUUGGCAGCACCUUGUUGAGCUGUUUGUCUCAGGAAAUCAGUUAAGUUGGCUUCCUUCAGAUGACCUUGAGGAGUCGAGUAGCCUAAAGGUCCUACAUUUAAAUGCCAAUAAGUUCCAGGUGCUACCCGCGGAGCUUUGCAAGGUGAACCGACUUGGAGUUCUGGAUGUUGGGAGCAAUUCGCUCAAGUAUAAUGUUUCCAAUUGGCCGUAUGAUUGGAACUGGAACUGGAAUCGCAACUUGAAGUACCUUAAUUUCUCGGGUAACAAGCGCUUCGAGAUCAAACCUACCACCUCUUAUGCAUCCGGGAGUCCAACUGGCCAUGGCACAGAUUUGACGAACUUUAAUUCAUUGAAUCAUCUUAGAGUCCUUGGGUUGAUGGAUGUCACACUUACCAUUCCUACCAUUCCCGAUCAAACGGAGGAUAGGCGAGUGCGAACCUCAGCAUCCUUAUCUGGAUCUCUUACGUACGGUAUGGCGGAUACACUCGGGCGAAACGAACAUCUAUCAACGGUCGACAUGCUGGUUACCCGGUUUAGGGGAAAUAAUUGCGAAACGAUUCUUGGUUUAUUCGACGGCCAUACUUCGCCCAAUGGUGGGUCGAGGAUCGCGAAAUACCUACAAGAGCACUUCACAAGUACGUUUACAGACGAGCUGAAGAAACUUCGAACCGGCGGGGGUGAAACACCGCUCGAUGCAUUGAGAAGGACAUUUUUGAGCCUCAAUAAGGAUAUAGCUACGGCUGCUCAACGGUCCAUGGAUGAGCGUGAGCAACGUCAUUUGGAUCGUGCUGGUCCGCCCUCCAGCAAGCUGCUCACACCGGAUGACUACACUUCUGGUGGUGUGGCGACUAUCGUGUACUUGCAAAAUAUGGAAUUGUUCGUUGCGAAUGUCGGAGAUGCCCAGGCGGUGCUUGUGCAUUCGAAUGGCGAUUUCAAGUUCUUGACUCGCAACCACGAUCCUGCUGAGGCGGGGGAGCGUGAACGUAUUCGGGAAGCUGGUGGUUUCGUUUCUCGAAAUGGGAAGUUGAAUGAUAAACUUUCUGUUUCUCGGGCAUUUGGUUAUUAUCCCAUGGUGCCCGCGGUCAUCGCGGCCCCUAGUACGCGCAAAGUUACAUUGACCACCCAGGAUGAAAUGAUUAUUCUCGCUUCGGGCGAGUUGUGGGAUUACGUCGCUCCAGACCUUGUUGUCGAUGUUGCAAGGUCGGAACGUGCAGACUUGAUGAGAGCGUCUCAAAAGCUUCGUGACCUGGCAAUUGCUUAUGGGGCGACAAAUAAAAUCAUGGUGAUGAUUGCUGGUGUCAGUGACCUCAAACGCCGAGGUGAACGUCCCAAGUUGAGAACCCCCAGUCUGUCAAUGGGCCCGUCUCCUUUGGGCGAUGACCAUAUAUUCCCUCCGCCGAGCAAAUACAAGAAACGUGGCGCCCCAAGCGACUCGAGGCUAGCACGUUUGGACCGCGUAGAAGCCCCAACUGGUGAGUUGGCCAUUAUAUUCACCGAUAUCAAGAAAUCAACAUCGCUCUGGGAGACUUAUCCCGUUGCUAUGCGCUCUGCUAUUCAAAUCCAUAACGACCUAUUCCGCCGGCAGCUGGCUCAGAUAGGCGGCUUUGAAGUGAAGACAGAAGGAGAUGCUUUCAUGGUGUCCUUUUCUACAGCAACUGCCGCAUUGCUCUGGUGCUUCACGUGCCAAAGCCAGCUUCUCGAGGCAGAAUGGCCCACAGAAAUCUUGGAAUCUGCUGCUUGCAGGCCACAGUAUGACUCGGACGAUAAUAUCAUAUACCGUGGUUUAUCUGUGCGAAUGGGUGUGCAUUGGGGAACACCGGUGUGUGAGAAGGAUCCGGUGACAGGUCGGAUGGAUUACUUCGGCCCAAUGGUGAACCGUGCCUCUCGAAUUUCCGCCGUCGCGGAUGGCGGUCAAAUAUUCGUUUCCGCUGAUUUCGUCGCUGAGAUCCAACGGAACCUUGAGACCUUUGCAGACUAUGAUCGGGCCUCCUCCAUCGACUCUUCUGAGGGUGCGUACUUCGAUGAUUACCUCAGCAACAGCAUCCGUCGUGAGCUGUACCAACUCAGCACACAAGGGUUUGAAGUGAAGGACAUGGGUGAGCGGAAGCUGAAGGGUCUUGAAAACCCCGAAUUCGUCUACCUGAUGUAUCCCCACUCCCUUGCCGGCCGUCUUAACGCGCCCCGCGAGUCAAUUGAUGAUCCGGACACUCUGCCCAUUGCUCUAGGUAGGGACAAACAUCUCACCAUCGAAGCGAGCCUUGUCUGGCGCUUGUGGACCGUCGCUCUGCGGCUGGAAGCGUUCUGCAGCGCGCUGGAAAAUUUCGGCGAGGUCGGUAUACGACAGCCGGAAAUGAGCCUGCUAAAUGCCGUCAGGGAACGGCCUGGAGAAGUCACCGAUUCGCUAGUUUUAAACUUGAUAGAGCAUCAGGUUACGCGAAUUGAGACAUGCGCAAAUACCCUUACGAUCCGACACAUGAUAAGACCAUUUAACCGCGCCAACUCCCUGAAAGACAUCGCCGUCCCCAUGGCGGAAAUUUUGGGUGAGUUGCAGGUGCAGCUGAGUGAAUACAAGGCUCUGAAGGAGCAAAUCGACCCUUCUUCCCUGGUCAGCCAUCAAGUUCCACAUGCGGCUGUCUCAGUGUUGAAGAGUGCUGGCCAGAGCUCAUCAGCGGUAUCUGACAUGCUUGCUGGUGGUAGCUCUGGUUCAAGUACUGCAUAACUUCAUUCUCGUUUUUCCCUUGCCCCUUUUUUUAGGGGUGGGGAAAUGGGGAAAUGCAUUACUAAUAGUAUUAUUCUUCUCUUUUCCAUAUGUUUAUUUUAUUCUUACCCUCCGUCUCUUUUCUUUUUCUUUUUCUUUCCUUUUCGAAGCCAAUUGAAUUUGCAAGGUGUGCGGAGUUGGUUGGGCCUUCCUUUGCGGUUUUUUUAGUUAACAUUUUGCCUCCCUGUAUUACUUUGAUUUCUAGCGCCAUUUUAUCUACCUUCUUUUCUUUGCGGUUCGUCUUCUUAUGUUCUAGUUUACUGGUAAACUUAUCUUUUGGAUUUGUCGGAUUUGCCCACUGUUCGACUUUUUUAUUCUUUGGAUCUCUUGUCUAUCUAUUAUUUACGUCCGGUGAAAUUGCCUAUUGGUUCAUAAUGACUUGAUGUCCAUUAACUGUUCAAAUAAUCUUGGGUCUGGGGGUAACGGAACAAAUUUCUGGUUUUUUUAUUUCCUUUUUUGCUUUUUUCCUUUUUUGCUUUCUACUCUUUUUGGAUUUUAUUUUUCAGGGCCAUCCUUAUGCCGUAGUAUUACUCCUUAUUUUUAUAAUUGAGAACAUGUUUUACCUCACUAUCUUAACUUCCCAAGUCUUCUGCUUGGUUGCUAAGCCUGGAGUUGACAUGUACUUUUCAAGAUCAAGGCCAUAAUAUGUAACCUACUAGCCGUAAUCUUUAGCUUAUUUAUUACAAUGUAUUUGACCAUGUUUUUUUUUGUAUACGCUAUAUAUAUACCUUUAUCAUAAG